AGGGGUGGGAGGUGAACGGACGUCACGGCUCGCCGAGCCGCCUCUUUGGUUCUGGAGUCUGUCACCCAAACGACGAUCAAGCCCUUUUUAUUUCGAGAAAACGAGAGAAAAAGAAGCCCCACCUCUAAAGCUCAACUGACGGGAAGUGGGGGUGUGCAGCUGAGAGUUCGAGAGCUACGGGACCCCAAAGACAGGGCUGGGCCCUGGCACCCUGCGCGCCCCGACCCAACACUUAGGUAACAAGGAAAAACUGAAGACCUGGUGGCGUCCAGGAGUGAGGAAGCGGAGAAAGGAUGGGUGUGCAUUGACAGUGGGGAAGGCGGGUAAUCUGGGGAAAGUGAAACUAGCAGGGAAAAAAGUGAAGCAAUAGCAGACGCCGAGGUCGGCUGUAAAACAAACAAACAAAAACAAACAGAAGGAGUUACAAGGAGGAGGGGAGAGGAGGCAUCUAUAUUGACGGAUCUCGGGAGAGAAGGAUCACUCUGCGAAUGGGAGGCAGUCCACUCUAGAAAAUGGGGAUAUGCUCUGGGGGAGGUUGUUUGAGAGAGACUGUGGAUGGUCUACGGUGGAAAUGGGUGAAAGGAUCAUGGCGGCGGGGGGAGCUGUGGAAGGGUCUCUUCACUGGGGCCAGACCAUGGGAACCCAAAAGCCUCGGAUACUGCCCUGGCUGAUAUCUCAGCUGGACCGAGGGGAGUUGGAGGGCGUGGCCUGGCUGGGCGAGAGCCGCACCCGUUUCCGCAUCCCUUGGAAGCACGGCUUGCGGCAGGAUGCCCAGCAGGAGGAUUUCGGCAUCUUCCAGGCCUGGGCUGUAGCCAGUGGUGCCUAUACUCCUGGGAAGGAUAAGCCCGACCUGCCCACCUGGAAGAGGAAUUUCCGGUCUGCCCUGAACCGGAAGGAAGUGUUGCGUUUAGCGGAGGAUCACAGCAAGGACUCCCAAGACCCACACAAGAUCUAUGAGUUUGUGAACUCAGGAGUCAGGGACAUCCCUGAGCCAGAUACCUCUCAAGACAAUGGCAGACACAAUACCUCUGAUACCCAGGAAGACACUGUGGAGAAGUUACUGAGUGACAUGGACUUGAGCCCAGGAGGAGGGCCCUCGAAUCUGACUAUGGCCUCUGAGAACCCCCCUCAGUUCUUGCAGAGUCCCGACUCAGACAUCCCUGCUCUUUGCCCAAACUCGGGACUCUCUGAAAACCCCCUGAAGCAGCUGUUGGCGAACGAGGAAGAUUGGGAGUUUGAGGUGACUGCCUUCUACCGGGGCUGCCAAGUCUUCCAGCAGACUGUCUUCUGCCCUGGAGGCCUGCGGCUGGUGGGAUCAGAAGCAGGGGACAGGAUGCUGCCUGGGCAGCCAAUACGACUGCCGGACCCCGCGGUGUCCCUGACAGACAAGAGCGUGACAGACUACGUGCAGCGUGUGCUGAGCUGCCUGGGCGGGGGGCUGGCCCUGUGGCGGGCCGGGCAGUGGCUCUGCGCCCAGAGGCUGGGGCACUGCCACGUGUACUGGGCCAUAGGCGAGGAGCUCCUCCCCAGCUGUGGCCACAAGCCUGACGGCGAGGUCCCGAAGGACAGGGAAGGAGGUGUGUUCAACCUGGGGCCCUUCAUAACAGAUCUGAUCACCUUCAUUGAAGGAAGCAGACGUUCACCACUGUAUACCCUCUGGUUCUGUGUGGGGCAGUCAUGGCCCCAGGACCAGCCAUGGAUCAAGAGGCUUGUGAUGGUCAAGGUUGUCCCCAUGUGUCUCAGGGUUCUUGUAGACAUAGCGCGGCAAGGGGGUGCCUCCUCCCUGGAGAACACUGUCGACCUGCACAUUUCCAACAGUGACCCCCUCUCCCUCACCCCAGACCAGUACAUGGCCUGCCUCCAGGACCUGGCCGAGGACAUGGAUUUCUAGGUUGCUGGGGAGGCCUGAGCCCGAGCCCUUCACCUCGACCAAUAAACUGGUUCUGGCCAUGGUCA